AUGGCGUCCUCUUCGAACCCGACUGCCCCGGAUGAGAAGUCCCAGGACCCUCGGGCGCCGCCGGCGCCUACGUCUUCAUCGACGGCCUCUCCGCCCAUACCGCAGCCGCCACCGGAAGGUAAACGACGGCUGGCCGCCAAUAUCAGCCCGACGCCAUCGGUCAAUUCCCUGAAGGACGGCAAGGAGCAGGAGGCAACGUCGACCACAGCGCCAGCGGCAGCAGCGGAAGCAGCAGCGCACCCUUCUCCUCCUCGUUCAGCCGAGCUGCAGCCCGUGCAGGACUGCGGUCGGCUGCUGAACCGGCUAGCGGUGUCCCUGCUGUCCUUCAUGCUGGACGUGCCGUCUCGCCUCCAGUGGAACGUCCUCGUGUCGCCCAUCUCGCUCGUCAGCACUCUGGCCUCGCUCGUCGCCGGCUGCGAGGGACUCACCAAGAAGGACAUCUGCGACCUGCUGCGCCUCAAUCCGCCAGAGGUCGAGGCCAUCGUCGACAGAUUCAAGACGGAAUCGGCGGAGCACACGUUCUACGUGGCCAACCGGAUGUUCCUGCAGUCCAACUGCCCGCUGCUGGCCACCUUCCGGUCGCUAAUCGAGACCAAGUACAUGACCACCGCGCAGAACGUCGACUUCGAGAGCCCGGACCAGACGUACGUGCGCGCCAUCAACGAGUGGUGCAGCAACGCGACCAACGGCAAGGUUCCCGCCGUGGUGACGCGCAAGACGUUCGCCGGCAGCUCCUCGAUGCUGCUCGUGAGCGCCGUCUACUUCCGGGGCCUCUGGAAGGACCGGUUCGACGCGAACGCCACGCACAUGAUGAAGUUCCACGUGUCGCGCGCCGACACCCUGGACGUGCGCAUGAUGACGCGCACGGGCCGCUUCGCCUACGCCGAGGUGCCCUCGCUGCGCAUCAGGCUGCUCGAGCUGCCCUACCGGGCGGGAAAGCUCGCCAUGGUGCUGAUCCUGCCCACGGAGGUGGACGGCCUUCGGCUGAUCCAGCAGAGCCUGCUGGCCGGCGACACCCUGUGGGAGGUGACCAAGCAGAUGCGGCCGCGCGCCAACGUCCGACUGGGCCUGCCAAAGUUCGUGCUCACCGCGCGCAACAAGCUGCGAGACCUGCUCGAGCAUCUCGGCUCGCACCGGCCCUUCGAUCCCGAGCAGGCGCAGUUCGUCAACAUUUCGGGUUUCAAGGGCCUGCACACCACCGAGAUCAUACAGGCCGUCACCGUUGAGGUGUCGGAGGACGGCAACGAGAUCACUCGCACCUCGGCGCUGGUCAACGAGGUGGUGUCCAAGGUGGCGCCCACCACGCACUUCAUGGUCGACAGGCCGUUCCUCUUCUUCGUCCGGAGCACGGCCACGGGCGCCAUCUUCCUUUUCGGCUGCGUUCGACAGCCGCUCGAGUGGCGACCCGAAAGCCCCGACACCUCGUUGCUGCGCUGA